UUAAAGUUUCCUCAGCCAGGCCCUGAGGUGUCUCCCCUUACUGCUUACUGACUUGUUACAGUGUUGCUUCUUGGUUUUUGGCUCCUCUUGUCUCUUGUACUUGACAGGGGAACGAGAGGUGGCUGUCCUUUGUGCUUGCUGACGUGUUGUUUUGAGUCUUCUUGAUGUUUUGGCUCCUCUUGUCUUUUGUCCUUGGCAGGGGGAACAGAUGAGUGAUGCAGGAUGUACCAAAAGGUUUGAGAUAAAGAGAUUCACUGCUGACUUGUUAAGGCAAAUGCCAUCUGUCUUAAAAAGAUGUCAGCAGUCUCAGAAACAGUUCUAAUAAUUGAAGAAGUGCACUUUCUGCAAGCUGUCCACUGCUGUGCACUGCUACUAUGCACAGGGCUUGAUGAGGCUCUCUGUUUGGAUGGUAAUGCAGGCCAGGCAGGAUCAGCGAUCUCUGGCCGCCGGGCUCCGGUUACCGCUUGUCUUCUCAUUUCCCAGGGAUGUGAUUUAUUUUUUUUGGCUUUGCACCAAGAGAGUUCCAGGGAGGACUACUACUUACAGAGAGAGAAUUUGCUGUGAGUUAGCAUCCUCUUGUCCACUGUUUUGGGUCCAUGGUAAGGUGGUGUCAUUUCCACACAGUCCAUUUAGUUCCCAGUUAACUUCUAAUUGAUGAGUCUUUGUUUCAAGUACUGCAGUCUUCUGGAGAAGUUGUUUCUGGAGAAGACUUUUUCUGAAGAGAAUGGAGGCAUUUUGAUAUGAACUAGCUUCAGCUAUUUUUAGUCACCGUAGAUCAGUAUAGCAGCACAUCAGAAAAGAGCUUUGCUGUUAGUAGGCUGUAUGUUCCUCAAACCCUUGAGCAAUAAAAAGUGUUAAAAUAUGUUUCUAGCCUUUUGUGUCCAUUAAAAAAAAAUAAGAUCCCAAUGAUAUGCAAGUAUGCAUUAGUGACCUUCUGUAAAUAUUGAGCAGAAAAACAAGGAUCUCAAUGGAGAAUGUAAGCAAAGCAGAGAGCAACGCAGAAAAGCACCUGCACUGCAAGAAAGCAAGAAGUAGGACAUGCCAGCAUUGUUAUGGAAGCCAAAAAUGCCAUAAAAGUGUAUGUAUAGAUAUAUAGAUAAAAUAAAAGAAAAUCUAAUCUGCAGAGAUAUGGGAGUCAGGGUUCAACUUUAUAUCAGGUUAAACUUAUCUUUUUGAGUUCACCUGUUGCAUCACACACACGUUUUUGGGCGGUGCCAUUUAAUGACAGUUUAAAUGUGCUUGUGAUUCAUCUGUCCUGAUGACAAUGUAACACAUCAGGUCUACCUACACAACAGCAGUCAAGCAAAGUGCUUACAAUAAUCUGAAAUAUGGAUGAAGACAGAAACUUGUCCAAGAGGCUGUGGGAUACCUGUCGAGAGGUCCCCAUCAUCGAAGAUAAACAAACGCCCUGGAAACUUUUCAAACUACUAAAGAUCAUCACUCUCUUUGUAGUUGCGGUGCUUGUGUUUGGGUUGGCAUUAUGUAGCAAGACAUCUUUCCUUCUCCUCAUCACCUUGUCCAAUGAAGGAACAACAACCAUCCCAGCAGAGCAGAAACCUCUCGCUCUGCUGUGUAUCGGCUGUUCGCUCAUCACCUCCAGCAUCCUGCUCUUACUUAAGAGCAUCUGGAAAUCAUGUUACAAAUCCUCAAAUCUGCCAGGCAAAAACUCUGUGGUUUUGGUUCUGUUCUUUGAGUUUUUGGUGUCCGUGGGUUCAGCGAUUCUUACCAUCGUGGCGAUGCCACACUUGGACAUCGUGACCAAUGCAACAAUACUGAAUGGUGUAGCCGUCCUCUCUGCGCUCCUACAGGUGAUCACUCAGUGCACUGCCAAAGAAAGGAACCGCUUCCUCCUGCCAUCCAUCACCGCCUUCAUCCUCAUUUUGCUCGGCUACAUCCUGUUCCUCAUCCUCUACAUCAUGAAAGGUGACACCAGGAUGAGCAUUUGGGUGGGCCUGGCUGUUGGUGGGUCCUUCUUGGUGUCUUUCAACUGGUAUGAGAAAUACUUCAGAGUGAUCGGGGAAAACAGCAGCUCCAUCUUCCUCAAGAACCUUUGCAAAGACAUGACCAAAUGCCAGAAUGUUCUGCACAUCCUCUCCAGCCUGCUCAGGAUUGCGGUGACCACUUCUGUUCUUGAAGCUUAUGUUCCUCUGUCCAAAAUGGACUGGGGCAUUGUGACCUCCAUCCCGAGCCGUGAGACAAGAAUUAUUGCCAUCACCAUCGGGGUCCAGCUGAUCUCCUCAGCACUCUGCCACUGGUUUGCGUUGGCAGCUUGUAAGAUGCGCGCCCUGCAAAAAUGUUUCAUCCUACCGUUGUACCUGGCCUCUCUGGCUGUUAUGGCUGUUUUAGUCAUCCCUGUUGUUGUUUACUAUGAGGACUACAGAAGAAGUCUGAACGAAAGUACAAGCAUCAACUUCUCAGGCUAUUGCAAUGUAAUUGCAGAUGGAAGAAACCAAAGCCUGAACGACAGUGUGUUUCCACAUCUGGUUCUGGAUGUUACGCACACUCUGUGUUUCCUUGACAUGUCCCAGAUAUCUGACAUUGGCAUGCUUACAGGUUCAGCCGUGUCCUGGUGGCUCGGUCUUGUGUUGGCCACUCUCCACCUGUGGCACCUCAGGCUGUAUCGCAUUCAGAGGACUCGGGACCUGUUCAUCAAGAGACCAUAUGAAGGAGUAUUUAUAGAGCAGUCACUGCUUUUAAACACUCGAUUUGACGUCCAGAUGACUGACAGGCUGAAGCAAUUCAGACCACUAUACCCGGUGAAGGUGUUCCUCUGUGCAACCAUGUGGCAUGAGAGCUACGAUGAGAUGAUGAAGAUGAUCAUUUCAAUAUUUCGACUCGACAAGUACAGGCCGAGGAAGGAAGGAGAAACAAGUGAUGUGUCUUUCGAAGGGCACGUCUAUUUUGAUGAUGCCUUUAGAGAUGUUCCUGAAAGUAAAGGGCGUCACGUCAACCAAUAUGCAGAGAUGCUUGUUGAAAUUAUCAGAGAGGUUUACAGCAUCUUCUUGAACACUGAUGAAGGCCUCUUCAGAAAGCAGCACCAGAUCCCGGAUCAGAAGCUGGUGAGGACACCGUAUGGAGGACGUAUCGUGGUCACCAUGCCUCAUGGAAACAUGCUGGUGGUUCACCUCAAGGACAAGAAUCUGAUCCGCCACAAGAAGAGAUGGUCUCAGGUUAUGUACUUCUACUACCUCCUGGGCUGGAAACUUGCGUCCAAGUAUUACAAAAGGUGGGAGAAAGGAGAGGAUGAGUCUGAGCUGAAAAGAAAGUUUCAGAAGGAGAAGCACAACACCUACCUCCUGGCUUUAGACGGGGACACAGACUUCCAGCCAGCUGCUGUGAUGCUGCUGGUUGAUCGUCUCCAACUGUACCCACUCGUCGGGGCGGCGUGCGGCAGGAUUCACCCCACGGGAUCAGGUCCCAUGGUUUGGUACCAGAAGUUUGAAUAUGCAGUUGGUCACUGGCUUAACAAAACAGCGGAGCAUGUGUUGGGCUGCGUGCUGUGCAGCCCGGGAUGCUUCAGCCUGUUCAGAGCGGCAGCACUCAUGGACGACAAUGUGAUGAAGACAUAUACCAUCAAGGCCUCAAAAGCUCGACACUACAUCCAGUAUGACCAAGGCGAGGACCGCUGGCUGUGCACUCUGCUGCUGAAGCAGGGAUGGAGGGUGGAGUACAACGCAGCCUCUGAUGCCUACACCAAUGCUCCAGAGGACUUUAAAGAGUUUUAUAACCAGCGUCGUCGAUGGGGACCAUCCACCAUGGCCAACACUGUGGACUUGCUGGGUGCCAGCACUCUGAUGACCAGCAGGAACCAGUCCAUGUCCAAACCCUACAUGCUGUACCAACUCUUCAGCUUGGUCUCAUCCAUCCUGGCACCAUCCGCUGUCAUCCUUAUGACUGCAGGUAAUUUGACUGUGCUGCUUGACAUUCAUCCCAGCAGUGCUCUGAUCCUGGCUGUGAUACCUCCUGCUGUCUUCCUUGGUAUCAGCUUCAAGAUCAAGUCAGACACUCAGAUUCUUAUUGCGGCAGUCAUGAGCGCCCUGUACGCCCUCCUCAUGUUGAUAGCAGUACUUCUCAUAAUCGGCAACAUGGUGAAGGACAAAACCAUCCUGACUCCCAGCAGCAUCUUCCUCAUCACUCUAGCUGGCUUUUACCUCCUCACUGCGCUCAUGCAUCCUCAGGAGGUUGGCCUGGUGCUCUACGGCUUGCUUUACAUUCUCUGUGUCCCCAGUGCCUACCUGCUGCUGGCUAUUUACUCCAUGGUCAACAUGAACAAUGUGUCCUGGGGCACCAGAGAGAUGACGUCUGCUGCUGGAGCUGCUAAACCUGAAACUGCCACUCCACAGACUAAAACCCAGAAAGCUGAAAGCACAUUCAAACGUUUCUUCUCACGAGCACAACUGUGUAAAAGGCUUUACCGGAAAGGCAGUGCAGAAGAGCUCAUUGUCAGCCGGCAGAACACGUCAGUGGAGGCACCCCAGCUCCAAAACAUGAUUGUGGAGGAUGAGGCGAGGCCUGAGGAGCAGCACAGUUUUAGAGAAGAGGAGCCUGCUAUCACCUGUCCAAACCAGUGCUGGGUCACACAGCUGCAGAGUUUGUCUGAUGACAUGUGCCUGCAGGAGGAUACACUGGACCUGAAUGAGGAGCAGUUCUUCAGAGAGCUCACAGCCAAAUACCUGGAGCCUCUGCCUGAAGACAAACAGAAACAGAAGAAAAUGGCAGAUGAGCUCAGGCAUCUGAGAAACAAGAUAACCUUCCUGUACUUCAUUUGCAAUGCUUUCUGGCUCAUGGCAACUUUCACCCUCCAGCUGAUUCGGACAUCCAUCUUCAUCCAGGUGCCAAUGGUCGACAUGAACCUGCAGUUCACAGGACAGCACAUUUAUGUUGACCCUCUGGGCUUCAUGUUCAUCCUGACCUUCGCCAUGCUGGUUCUCUUCCAGUUCUUAGCCAUGCUGUACCACAGAAUCUACACCCUGAUUCAUUACAUGGCCUUUCUGGACACAGAGUCUAAGUCUGAAAAACCAAAACAGCAAGUCCAAGAGGUAGACGAUGAUGAAGUCGAUGACGAUGAUGAGCUUGUGUUUUCAAAUCUGCUGGAUAGUGGGACUCUGGUGUAGCCUAAACCAAGACCAACCCAAACCUCCUGUAGCACACUAAAACAACCAUAUAUUGUAUAUAAGAAUUUAAAGGAUCUAAUUUAAUCUUAUUUAAAUCUUUUUUUAACGGUGUGAUCUGUUGCAAUAUUGUUUUGAAUAUUUAUAAAUCGCUUGGAUUCUUAAGUUAAUAUGUCAACAGUUUUUGGUACAAAUCUAAAAUGCAUUAAAUGAAUUGUAAACUUUGCAAACCUGGGCACUUAUUUAUAUUUUUCUAUUUCUUCAUGGCCUAUUACAAUAGUUUCAAUGAAAACACCCUCUGGUCGAUGUUUCCAUGUGCAUUUUGAUACAGACAGAGUUGAAAUUUCCCAAUAUCCAUGUGUUUUGCUCAUUUGGGUUAUGCUAAUUGUUUGGUUGCAUACUUGUUAUUCCUCCAGC